UAAUCUUCUUCUCUUUCUUGCCUUAUUAUCAAUUUGUACCCCAUUAGCAUUCCCUCUCAAUGGAGGAUGCCAAAAACCCCAAAGAUCAACACACUGUGCAUCCUCCUCCAUCAACCUCUCCCAUGGCCACCAAACCCUCCUCCUCCGCCACCGCCAUUGAUGAUGAAGAUGAAGAAGCCAAUCCACCACCUGGCCUCACCAUUGAAGAGUACAAAGAGCUCAAACCUGCGAUCAAAACCUACCAUGGCUCCCAGCUCUCCCCAACCGCCCCCGAAAAGUGCUCCUCUCUCAUCGUCCAGCGCAUCAACGCCCCUUUGAGAGUGGUUUGGCCGGUUGUGCGGAGCUUUGAUAAUCCACAGAAAUAUAAGCACUUCAUCAAGAGCUGUACAGUGAGAGGAGAUGUUCGGGUAGGGACUGUGAGAGAGGUUACUGUCAUCUCAGGACUGCCGGCCUCGACCAGCACUGAGAGGCUUGAGAUUCUUGAUGAUGACAACCAUGUUAUGAGCUUUAGCGUGGUCGGUGGGGAGCACAGGCUCAAGAAUUAUAGAUCAGUGACCUCUGUGAAAGAGUUUAGGAGAGAGAAUAAGGUGUGGACUAUUGUUCUUGAGUCUUAUGUGGUGGACAUACCAGAGGGGAACACAAGAGAGGAUACAAGGAUGUUUGUUGACACAGUGGUGAAGCUAAACUUGCAGAAGCUUGCGGUGGUUGCGCAAAAUUCGGCGCAGGAAGCGAGCGGAGAUUAAUGGUAAGGGAAAUCAAUGAAUUUCAGAUCACGUGUUUUGUUUGAUAUUUUUUUUCCAUGUUAUUGUGUUGUGUUUCUUCGAUUUCGGGUUUGAGACGAAAGUAGAUAUAAGGAAGAUAUCACUUGUUUAAA